AUGUGCGCAUGCGUAGUGCAUGUAUUCGGAGUCAUGGCGGCGAUUGAUGUAAACACAGCGUACUAGGCAAUUACUCAUUCAGGAAUUGAUCGGUUUUCAAUAGGCAGGGGAAAUACCGAAAUGUAUUCUGAAAAGAAAAUGUCAAAAGAAGAUACAUGGAGAACAGAGGACUUAUUAAAGCACAUGCGAGGCCACAGGUAUGAUGAUGCCUCUGGUAAUAAGCGAGACCAUUUGGACAUGGAUGAUAAUAGAAAAGCCAGGAGAGGAGAGUCAGGAGAUCGCAGACACAGAGACCAACAGAAGACAUCCCACAAGGAGAGAGAUGGAACUGAGGGAAAAUCUAAACACAAGGAUUUGGACAAGGGCAGACACCGGAAUGACACUCAAGGAAGGACAACACAUAGAGACACUGAGAAGGACAGAGACCGAGACCGAACUCGGGAGAAGACAAGAUACAGAGAUUUGGACAGAGAGCAAGACCGAACUCAUGGAAGGGCAAGACACGGGGACUUGGAGCAAGAGCAAGAGGGAACUCGGGAAAGGAGAAGACAUAAGGAUUUGGAAAGGGACGGAGACCGGGACGAUGGAACUCGGGAAAAGAUAAGACACAGGGAUUUGGAGAGGGACAGAGACCGGGACGAUGGAACUCGGGAAAAGAUGAGACACAGGGAUUUGGAUAGGGACAGAGAUCGAGACGAUGGAACUCGGGAAAAGAUAAGACACAGGGAUUUGGAGAGGGACAGAGACCGGGACGAUGGAACUCGGGAAAAGAUAAGACACAGAGAUUUGGAGAGGGACAGAGACCGGGACGAUGGAACUCGGGAAAAGAUAAGACACAGAGAUUUGGAGAGGGAGAGAGAUCAACACCCAAGGAAAGAUACCAGAAGGGAAAAAGCAGAAGAGAGAGAUAAAAGAGAGCCAGAAAGAAGACAAGAAUGGGAGGGAAUCGAGAAAAGGGACUAUGACAAAGGACAUGAGAGGGCAGAGAAGGAGCACAGGAAGACAGAGAGAAGGAGAGCUGAGCGGGGCCGAGAGUAUGGGGAGGGGAGGGAAAGAGAGAGGGACAGGGAAAAAGAUCAGGAAAGGUGGAAGGAGAAAGAUGGGUACAAGGACCAAGGAUGGAGUCACAGCAUCAGACAUGUUAAGGAAAAUGACCAGUCAAAAGACAAGGUACAGGGCAAGUUUCUGGAACCGCCAAAUGAACACAGACGACACAAAGAUGGGCAACAUUCAAGGCAAAAAGAAGAUAAGGAAUACAAGGAACAGCGUCACAAGGAAAAAGAGGAGAGGGAAAGAAGGCGAAGAGAGAGGGAACAGCGGGAGGCCGGCGAGAGCCGGAGGCGCGACAAGCUGUCCGGAGACAGGGAGGAGAUGCGCAGGGAGGAUGUGCGAAGGGACAUGGAGAGGAGAAAGGACGACAGGCACCGGGAGGGGAGGCGCAGGGAGGACCGGGACCCUGGCAAAGCCCUGGCCAAGCUGACUGCUGGCAGCCAGAGGCAUUCGGCUCAGGGGGGUCCUGAGAAGCCCGGCUUCGGGAGGAGACACCUUGCAGAACCGGAGGCCAAGAUAGGGGACCCUGAGGUUAGUAGCGUGUCUUCUGAGAAGCAGGUGGAGGAGGAAGGUGCAGAGGAAUAUGAGGAAGACUUUGAGGACUAUGAGGAGGACUUUGAGGAGGCUGAUGACAGCGACGAGGUGGGUGGGAGUGACGAGGGAGGUGGCGGGAGAGGGGAGCAGAUGAGUGCCCAACAAAGGAAGGAAGUGGAGGUCAUUCAGAGGGCCAUGGAGGCAGAGAACCGUCGACUCGGCUCCGUUCAGUCAACACUGCAAAUGGGGGAGUGCGAAGAGGCUGGCAGAGAUGGGACACCAGAUGGUGCGGUUUCCCAUAGCAGGACCACCCAGCAGGGGAAAUUCAUCGAUUUUGUGGCUGCAAAGCACCGGGAGAUGAGCAAAAAAAUAGGCAGCAAGCAGAAGAAGCGCAGCGCAGAGCUUCUGCGACUGGUCGACCUCGACUUCUCUGUCACGCUCUCACUGCUGGACCUGCCUCCGCUGACCGAGUACGACAUGUACAUAAAGAGCUUCGGAUCGACCGACACGAAACAGGCCUACGCCCAGUGUCGCGAAGAUGAUGUGGACAGGGAUGUUCAGACAGAGGAGGUGGAGACCAGCGACAGGUGGACCCAACACCCAGCUGACCGUGGCUUAGUCUGUGGGGGUCCGGGUCUCACCGGUGAGGCCUCAGACAAACACACAGGAGGCGAGAGCUUGGCAUCUCCACGGCUGGCGGCCUUCCUGCUCUCCGCCUCUCAGGUGAUGACUGUCCUUCUAGAAGAAGACCGGCUCGAGAGGUUCUCGCUCUGCAAGCCCAACCUGCAGAGGGACGCCCUGCCCUUCAGCGACGGCCGCCUGCAGCUCGGCUCCGGCAUGCCCUUCCUGCACGGUCGAGAGGUCAGUCUUAUGGUGUUCUCCCAGACGCAGAGGCAGACAGUGCUGUCUGUACAUCGGCCCUCUGCCAGACCCAGUGCCGUGCACCUGGACAGCAAAACCAUCCUUUGCAUCUGGAACAUCUGGGAGCCUUCAUGUCCACAGAAAAUCCUUGUCUACGAGUCAGAGGUGUCCUGUUGCUGCUUUGGCCCCGGGAAGGCGUCCCUCGUGUUUGCCGGCACGGCUGUGGGCUCCCUGGUACUCUGGGAUCUGCGGGAGCAGUCCAGCCUGCACUGCAGCAUCAGGAUCGGGGAGCAAGACUGGACCCUUCGCUACCCAACCUUCUCCACUGACGCAGUACUUGCAGCCUCUGGCCACCUCUCCCCAGUGAUGGCAGUGGAGCCCAUCCCUCCCUCCACACCAGAGGCCCACAGAGACAGCUUUCCUCAGCUGCCGUGGCAGGAAGAAUCUUCAGGGAUGUCCUUCCAGUUAGGGUCCCUCGACGAGAAGGGGGUGUUGAACCUGUGGGUGGUGGUCGAGCUUCCGCAAGGCGACGAGGCAGGAUCCCACAGCAACCUAGGCCUCAGGCCCGGAGGGAGAGUGAAACUGCUGCACAGCUCUGCCGUCGCUGUGCUCCAGCGUUCCUCCCCAGUGGAAGCCCUCGCCCUGGACUCCAUUCAGAGCCUGCUGCUCAAGUUCCACCCCUCUGACUCUAAGCACUUCUACGUGGGCACAGACAUGAACCUGGUGUACCAUGGAACCCGUCACGGGUUGAGGAGCCCGCCCACGUUCUACAGGUCGCAGAAGGGUGGUCGGAGCCCCGUUCCUGUCACCUCACUGGACUUCUCCCCCUUUGACGAGUCCAUUUUCCUGGUGGCCUGUGGCGACGGCAGCAUGAGGCUCCACUCAGUCUCAAGUGAGUCUCCCAUCAUGGAGUGGUCUUGCGGCGUCGGUGGAUCCACACUCUCAGCCAGAUGGUCCCUCACCAGGCCAGCAAUGUUCUGCACGCUGGACCCGGCCACCUCCAUCAUCUGCAUGUGGGACUUGCUGCAGAAAGAGUCUGAGCCGGUUGCCAUGGAGAAGGUGCAUCCUGACCGUAUCACCUCCAUGGCUGUUUUCGGGGAUCCAUCCAAGCAGAACUCGUUUUCGGGGAUCUUGCUGGCCACGCACUCAGGGCAGCUGGAAAUCCACUAUCUCAGCAGGAGUUGGACGGCGCCGGGGCACUGUGAGCUGGAGCGGUUACAGAACCUGGCUGGUGACAUUUACUGAUGCGGCUGCCCCUGCAUCUCACUGGAGGCCAGACUCCUCCCCCACCUACGCUCCUAUGACCGAGAACAUCUUAGAAGGCUCUGUCUGCCUAUGUAUUACGCAGAACAAUAUAGAACAAACAUUCUAUAUAUAGAUGAAUAACUAUGUUACUGUAGCCGCCCUUUGGCGCUGAUUGUGGGCCAAACGCUCUGCUAUUGUAGCGGAAUUCUGGCAGCACGUUACCUGGGCUGUUAUAAGCCCCACCCCAGAAACCUUGAUACCAGGGGAAACACAUUGCCUGGUUCUUUGAAGAACUGCUCCAUCUCGCAGAACAUCAGACUGACGUCUCAAACCCAUGCCAAAGAUCUGAUGUGGGUCUCGUGUCAGAAUGAGAGGAAACGUUUAAAAAAACACUCGCAAAUACACGAUUUGACAAAAUAUGAAUAUAUAUCAUUUUUAUGUUAAAAGUAUUUCUGUACAGAAAUUUUUUAUGUUAAUAAAGCUUAAUAAUUAUG